UUAGAAAUAACUGGUGAAUUAUUGCUUCAAAAUAGCUGCCCCAAACCUGAACGAAGCGAGCCACCUUGGUGGCAUGCAGCUGGUGGGCUUGGUACCUUGCGCGCUGCAAUGCUGGCACGGGCCAAAGGCGCCAAAGCAGUCCACUGCAACGAGUGGAGCGCGGGCCACUCCUUAUGCACAGCCAACCACACUUAAUGGCAACACUAACAAUAACACCAGCAUUAAUACAACAAAUGCCAGCAAGCAAACGAUAUGCGCGCAGUGCCACGAAAAGCAACAACAACAACAGCGUGCAGUUUUGCAUGCGCAGGCGCACUACCAGCCGCAAGCGCCGACACUUCAGGUGCAGCCACAACAACAACAACAGGUGCACAUGCAUUCAUCAUGUCAACCAAUUAAUUGCGUUGCGACGCUAGCUGCACCAAAUCCCCAUACUAACUGUUUUGGCGGGCACUGUGCUGCCACAACAGUAGGCAACAACACUGCGAUGCCAACGGCUAUGCUUACUAUGCCCACUUCGUUUACAGUGCCACCCCCGCCAACACCGCCACAGCCACCAACAAUGUUAAACGCGGCGCAACUACCGAUGAAUGCGUUUAUGCCAAGCAAUAUCACAGCAUCGCAGCCAGUAACCACAGCUACAGCAACGGCCACUUCAGCGCAAACGCCACACUACGCUUCCGCAAAUUGGUUAUGUGACAGCUACUCCACCAACAUGACCGGUACGCCUGUUACCACGUCCGCUUCAAUGCUGACGAGCAUGUGCCCCGCUGCAGCGUCUAAUUCGAAUGCGUCAAUGAAUAAUCAAAUGUUUUUAUUACCGAUUAGUUGUCAGCUGCCAAACGUUAUGCAGCUACCGACAAUGGCACCAACGGUGGCGCCCCUAGCUAAUUCAUCGGUUGGAUUGCCUCCUUUAGUAUCGGCUGCGCCGACAUCAGCAGCAGGCUGUGCUGGCUCAGCACCUGCGGCGUCAAUUCAUAUGCCACACACAUGUCCGCAUAUGCAAAGCCCUGUCAGCAGUAAUGCAAUGCCAGCUGCACAUUUACCUCACGCUAAUUCUGCAGUUCCACGCAUGCGCCCCCUUAGCGCCCCCAAAAUAAAAGGCUUGACUGGCGUCUUCGCGGAGCGUUUGAGAAGAAUGAAGCGCAAAGUGUUACCGCUCAAGAAAAUUGCAGCUGCCGCCAUUUCGACCUAUCAAAAGAAUGGAAAAUUGCCCACAAACAUUCCGCUACUCGAAACAUCGUUACGCAACAACAAUUGGGGUGAAAUGCUGUCAGCGCCAACGGACGACGGUGUUGGCGGUGAUGUGGACGAAGCGAGCAACGAGCCAACUGAGGUGAAAAAACAAUUUCAUAUUUUCGUCGGCGAUUUGAGCUCAGAAAUCGAAACUCAACAAUUACGUGAAGCUUUUACACCAUUCGGUGAAAUUUCUGAUUGCCGCGUCGUACGCGAUCCACAAACAUUGAAAUCCAAGGGUUAUGGAUUUGUGUCAUUUGUCAAAAAAUCGGAAGCCGAAAGCGCCAUUACAGCAAUGAAUGGACAAUGGCUGGGCUCGCGUUCGAUUCGAACGAAUUGGGCUACACGAAAACCGCCGGCGAGUAAAGAAAACAUUAAGCCAUUAACAUUCGACGAGGUCUACAUUCAAAGCAGCCCAUCAAAUUGCACCGUUUAUGUGGGUGGUGUCAACAGCGCCUUAACUGCGCUCAGCGAGGAAAUCCUACAGAAGACCUUCUCGCCGUACGGCUCGAUACAGGAGAUACGCGUCUUUAAGGAUAAGGGCUACGCAUUUGUGCGCUUUUCGACCAAGGAGGCCGCCACACAUGCAAUCGUUGGCGUGCAUAAUACGGAAAUCAAUGCGCAGCCUGUGAAGUGUUCGUGGGGCAAGGAGAGCGGUGAUCCGAAUAAUGCACAGACAAUCGCCAGUCAGGCGCUUAAUCCAGCUGCUGCCGCUGCAGCCGGCUUCCCGUAUAGUGUGGGUGCAGCAGCUGCGGCUGCCGCUGCCUAUGGACAACAGUUGGCCGCCACCGGUUGCUGGUAUUCGCCAACGCCAACAUAUUCCGCUUCGUCGACCACAGCGGCUGUAACACCGGCUGCUGCUGCCUCCGCUGCCGCGGUGCAGAAUCAAUUCUUGCAAGGCAUUCAGGGAUAUCAUUUCGGACAGUAUGGUGGCUAUCAGCAAGGAUAUAUGGGCAUGGGCGUACAGAUUCCCGCCACUUGGCAAGGCGUUGCCACCCAAGCGCAAAUCUCACCUGCACAACAGUUGGCGACGGGCGUUCCUGGUGCUGGGAUACCGCAAGCUGCCGGCGUCGUCGCCUAUCCGAUUCAGCAAUUUCAAGUGAGCCCACAGGUUUAUCCUUUACUUUUGCAGGCACAGUAAACCCACAUUUAAGAUAGCAUAAAAGACAUUAUAAACUACAUAAAUAGCUUAAGGCAGAUUGUUAUAGAUGAUUGUAAGAAUUAACAAGCAAAAGUUAAAGAAAAAAAUUAAUAUAUAUAUAUAUAUAUAGCGGUAGUUUUGACAAAAAGAAAAAAAAUAAAAAAAAAUAAAAUAAAAAUAAAUAAAAAAUUACUAAAUGUGUAAAUAUAUUAAGCAACACAAAGCACAGUGGAAAAGUAGUGAGUUUAGUAAACACCGUAAAUGCAAAUUUUGCACUGAAAGUUGAAUACGAAAUAUUGUAAUGUAGUAAUUAUAUGAAUAGCGAUUACUUUGCUGCAACAAAAUGAAAGCAAAAUGUAGUAGAAACAACAAGAAUUAGAAUAUUAACAAACACAUAAACAAACCUAUGUAUGUAUAGAAGAAAAAUAACAAAUAAAAGGGCGGCGAGUAUGUGCAAUAAAAAACAGCGUGAAAGAAGAAGAAUAAAAGCAAAAAAAAAAUUAAUAUAAAAUAAACUAAUUGUAAUAGUAUUUAUAAAACCAAAAUAGAUUUGUGUACGUAAUUAAAAUUAGCAGCACAUGGUAGAAACAUAAUGAAUGGCGGCCAAAUGAAGGAAAAUGUUGAAGAAAGGCGACAGAUUCACAUGCGCACACACAUGUGUAAUUUAACGGAAAGAUUGAAGUGACGCCGAUGACAUUGAGGAUGAUGUGGAUUUCAUUGGUUUACAAUUUGUACUCACCACCAUCACCACCACCACAACAUCGAAGUCAGUGAGAGCUUAUGCGCGCUUGAGUGCAUUUUUAAUAGAAAUAUUGCAACGUAGUGUAUGUCUAUUGAAAAGUGAAUAUGUAUAUGUAUUUAGCGAUUUUUGCUUUAAGCUCAACAAACAAAAACACAUAUAUACACACCCACACAAACACACACAUUUUUUAUGCACACAACACACUCGCACUGAAACUAACUGGCAAACAAACUUAUCAAGUCUAGCUUUAGGCGCUGCAGCCGAAAAACGCUCACAAGCAUAUGGAUUUGCACGCAUACAUACAGUUAUACAUAAUAUGUGUCGAAAUCAAUGCAUACCCGUAGUUGUCAUACUCAUACAAACACAUAUACCCUAUAUUAAGACUGGGUCAGUGCUAAGCGCCAGCGAUUCGAUGACUUUUCCGGCUUUUUUUUCGGUUCGCUUGCAAGGACUCUAGCACAUGCAUACCUUUAUACUUAUUGUUUCCGAUUAGCUAUUGUGUGCUUAUACCGUAGGUGAAAAGCCCAGGUCCACAUUGGUACACAGUAGUCCUAAAAAAUACACUAACUACAUAUAAAUAUAACAAAACAAAGACCAUUCGUAAUCUAACGUAAUCUAAAACGAAUAUUGCACUAGUGCCUGUAUGACUAAUAUCGAAAUAAUGCAAACACAAAAAAGAUACUAAAAUUAACCUAAGAACAAAUUGAGUAGUUGAAUUUGUCUAUUAAUUAUAAAAUAACUAAAACAAAUAUAGAGGUUGCUUUCUGCAAGAAGCGAAAAUAUUGAAACAGAGAUUAUUUAGAAUUAUUUUUGAUUUUUGCGUGAAACUAUUACAUAGUAAUGACAAAGUGUUUUCAUAAAUUGAAAAAUGCUCCGGAUUUUAAAAGUUUCCACUGAAAGUUUGCAAUGCAAAAAGUUUCAAUAAAAGCUCAUGAUUUAAAAAAGCUUUCACUAAAAGCUCUACAGCUUUCAUAAAAGCUCAUAACUUCGAAAGCUUUUACUAAAAUAUGCUGACUUCAAGUAUUUUCACUGAAAGCUCAUACAAAACUUUCAUAAAAGCUUAUUGUUUCAAACGCUUUACGUAAAGAUAUAGAUUUCAAAAAGCUUUCAGCAUUUCUAAAGUUUCCAUAAAAAGCACAUAAUUUUGAAAGCUUUCACUAAGGUCUGCUGAUCUCAAGUGUUUUCACUGAAAGCUCAUGCAUUUAUAAACUUUCAUUCAAAGACAUUUUCGAUGCUAAACUCUUCUGAAAUUAAAUUUUUUAAAAUAAAAAAAAUUACUAUAAAUUCAAUAUCUUCAAUAUCACUACACAGUCUACUAAAAUCAAAUUUUUGUACUAUUUACUUUACCAAGUGAACUUGACACACAUACCCGCACAAAUUCCAUGCUAAGUGACACAUAUAAAUAAUUAUAAUAAUUGCAUUUUAUUUAUUUACUUAUACAUUGCCAUACAUUUUUUUCAUCCUUCAUUAUGUAACCCACUUAAAUACCCUCCAAUACUCAUUCCGUUAUAUGAAGCAUUCAAUAAAUAUCUGUUUUUCCUACCAACUCUGUCGGUAAUUCUAACCUUGAACGCUACGCAGCGCGGGCAUUGCAGAGAGGGAGAACGGCAGUCAAAUCAUCAUUGACGUGGCGAACUCAAUAACACAUUUCCUAAUUAAUUGCUGCCCAUUGAUUAUGUGCAGAAGCAGACAGACAUUGGUAUAUAAGCUAGCUCCUCACAUUAUCUGCUGCAUUGUUGAAUUAUCUAAACAAUUCACGAAAUACUCGUAGCGAUUUACUUUGUAAUCAAAGCUCGAAUAUACCGUUUUCAAGUACUUAAUGGCGUAUGCAUAUUUGUAUUGUACACACACACACAGAGGCGCAGUAAUUGCGAAUGUAAUUGAUUAUCAAGUCGAUCAAGGACACUUUGAGAAGAGUUAUAUGAGAUAGCAUGAUCGUAAUGCUAAGCCGACUUGUUAUGUUAGCAUAACUUGCCUACAUUUUUCGUAAAAUGGGUGAAGUAGUUAAGUGAAAGCGAACAAUUACAGAGAAUAGGCCAGUAUACGGAGUAGAGAGGAAAAAAUUAGCUUGGAAAAGGGUUGAACUUUUUUCUAAAGCUUUCAAAAAAUUCACUCCCUUAGCUGAGCGUAACACAAAGCUUUCACCUCAGUAGCUUUCUUUUUGUAUUUUUUUAGCACUCGUCACACCAACGAUUAACAGAACCCUCAGGUUUGACAACGCAAAAAAUUGUAUGCUACCAAAAAUCUAUAUUUCCAUGGUAAAAAAUUAUUAAUCAAUGCCUUCAUGUUAUUUCAUAAAUAAAUACAACCCCUUUGAAAAUUUCACAUACUCUUGAUUUAACUAAUAAAAAAUAUAAGUAAUAUAAUACUCGUAUAACUCAAUAGUUAGUCAUACAAAUUAUUCAAACUGCAAGUAACAACCACUCCAUCUUCGAAUGUUCAAAAUCAAAAUCAAACAUACCAUUUUCAGCAACUGUAUAUACCAUAAAAAUCAGCUUCUUAUUCCAUUUAAGAUUUAUAAAUACCUCUACACCUAACUAUAUGAGUAUUUUGCACUUGCUUAUGUUCCCUAGUAAUAAAACUUCUCAAAAUUCUUUGUUAUAUACGCUUACUUUUUGAGCAAUUGAAACCCCAACUAACAACUAGUCAACUAGCAGCCACUUGCUAUAACCCCUUAACUUUGAACAGUACCUAGUACACUCUUGAACCAAUUAUAGCUUUGCUACCAAAAACUAUUAAUUUUAUUUUGUAUUUUGCUGUCCACCUUUUACUAAAGUAUAUUUGUAAACUUGUUUCAUUUGGCCAACUCCAAUUUUUUUCGUUUGCUUAAAGUUUCCAAGAGCCUUUCAUAUCGCUUCAUAACGAAGAUGUACUAUACACUAAGCUUGGAGCUUAAGCAUAUACAAUCAGUAUCAAAAUAAAUGCAGACUAAUCCAUAUAGACUACGCGCGCAAGCCGAAUAGACAUAACUAAAGGGUGAUCCAUUUCAAGAUUUUCUACUUUUUUAAUGAAAAUUACACAGAAAUUUCGAAUUUAAUGGGGAAUGUCUAAAAUUAGCCAUACGUUGGUUUCAAUUUUCGAUCACUCACAUGUGUAUUUCGACUGCAAACUGGCGAAAUGACACGCGUGAUGUUUUGCGCUAAGGCCUAGAUCGAAGCGAUAUUGUCCGCAUAGACUUAAGACAUUACAUAUCCUCACAGGAAAAUGUCUACGGUGCGACAUCACACCAUGUUGGUGGUCAAUAGACCAGCCAAAAUGCUAAAUUAUCUACUCACCAAAGUAUUCUCUCAAUAUGUCCACUGAUUGAUGGAAUGUGUGGAAAAAGACGCCGUCUUGUGGAAACCAAAGUUUCAAUAUCAGGCAUCAAAUAGUCAGUAAUCAUGGUGCGACAACGGUCGCCAUUGACGGUAGCGCUCUCUCCGGCAUCACAAACCACAGCAAACCCUUGCGUUUUUCUGAAUGAAAUGGUUUGAAUCUUUUCAGCUUAUCGCUGAACUAAAUUUGUCUUGAAAAUGUCGGAUCUUCUCGGAACUUUUCUCUCCAAUGAUCUUCGUGUCACUCUCAACUACGUCUGGUAUAUUUUCUUUACUGCGACACGAACGACGAGAACAGUUUGGUUCGCGAUUUUUAUAUAUUGGGCCAAUUAACGAAUUGCGUUUGUUUUUUAAUCGGAUGUUAUUUUAAUGUCGAAAACAGAUUAAAGUCGCAAAGAAAUAAAUCUGGCGAAUAUGGUGGCUAAGCAAUGACUUGCAUUUCAUGUUUGGCCAAAAACUUUGGUAGAAAAACAAAGAUUGGACAAAAUGGUUCAAUCGAUCCAUAAGCCAACACGACGUUUUUUAAGCACAAUUACUUUAACGUUUUCAAUGUUAUCAUCACUUAUAGAGGAGGUUCACUGAAUGCUUUCCGCCAUAUGUUAGUCAAACAUACCCUCCCCAAAAAAACUUUUGUAACAUUUACAAAGCCUUUUUUUUUAAAUAAUAUGAAAAUUCAAAAAUUUAUCAUCUAAAAACAUAAUCCUUAGAGUUCCAGGCUCAAGCUCAUGUACACGUGUAAAUAUAUUUAAAAGCUCCCUACCGUAAGCAGAGUUUAACAAACGUUCGUAACUCAAUAAAUUUAAAAAUAUUUUCAACUUAUUUAUAUAUUAAGCGUAAACUGUUAUUUAUUUUAAUUUCUCUAUUUGUUUUUCAGUUGCCAGAAGAUGAAUGGUUAGCAGCAAAUUUAAUCUGUUAGUUAUAAGUGAAGUUAUGUUGUAAUUAUAUGGAGACAUGCAUUCAAGAAAUACUUUAUGUAUAUAUAACUAAUUAUACAUAUUAUAUGUUAUUAAUAUGUAGGAGAUCUGUAACCGGAAGAGUAUAAUUGAUAUGUGUGCGCAUAUAAAUUACUGAUAUUUACAGGCAUAAAUUCAUACCAAAAUAGCGCGAGUGGAAAAGUAGUAGAAACACAACAAAUUCAAUGGGACAAUUUCUGAAACACGCAAGGUAUAUAUGCAAAAUAAGGAUAUUCAUUACAGGUUUUAAUAUGAGAGUCGAACUAUGACGGGCGCCUUUUAGGAUGUUAGCAAUAUUUAUUGAUAAAAACAACAAUUUUUGGUUCUUUUUUUGUUUUUGUUUUUUGUAUUGCCAGUAACAUCAAUAAAUUUAUUAUUGAUUGUAAUAUUUUUAUAUACUAUAUGGAUUUUCAAAAGUUGCUUUUUAGCUGCAGAUUCCCUUGAGAUCUGGGCAAACAGCUUUUGUAGUCCAAUACAGAAGACUAGGUAAUUAUAAUGUUGUCGGUUGUAAAUAUGGAAUAGUUUGACAUUUCGAAAUAUUCGCCUAUAAAUUUUUAUACAAAACAAUUUCCAAAGUUCAGAAUUCUUCUUGAAUUGAAAGUUUCAUACAUUUUUGAAGAAAAGCUUGGGCUGUCUCAUAAAAUUAAUUAAUUUUUCGAAAAAAAGCAACAAAUCAUUUCUACGAUUUCAAAGUUAAAGUUAAAUUCAAACAGGUGGAAAAAUCAAAAAUUUUAAAGUCAUUCAUUUUUACACUUGGUUAAAAAAAUUGUUGCUGGAUUGCAUAAAAAAAUGCGUUUAUGCGAUCAUGAUUCUCAAUGCUUUGUUUUCGGUUCAGUAUAACUUAUAACUUCAUGAGACUAUAUGAAACCCCUAAAUAUAUUAGUAGGAUACAUUGAAAGCUUACUUAAUUAACAAAGGUCAGUGUACAUUAUAUUCACAACCAGCACACAUAUUUUUUCAUCAAUCUUUGAUAUAUUAGCUGUUUUCUUCUCUUAAUAACCUUUACAAAGCAACGAGAGAGUAUCAGUCAACUCUUCUUCUAUAUGUUUAUGGCGCCUAUAGACCAGCAUAAUAUUUCACACUUAAAAAUAUUUCGAAACUUACGAGACACGUUCUAAUUAUGUAACAUAUACAUGCAUACAUAUAUAUACUGAGUGGCGUUUGGGUAUCUGAGAGUCCAAGUAAAAUUAUAUCAUAAUUUAUUAUAAUUUCCUUUAUUAAAUUGCUUCAAUUCUUAUUUAAGCAUCUCUUAUUUAAUUAUAUCAAAAAUUCAUAUUAUACUAUAUAUACAUUUACAUACAUACAUACCGGAAUUUAUACACAAUCAACAUCCAUAAAUGAGUUACCUUGAUAAUCGGUUUUUUAACAGCAGGUGCAAAGACAUAUAUACACAUACAAAUAAUUGUAAAAAAACAUAUGUAUAAUUAUGUAUCAAUUAAUAUGCAAAGCUGAAGUAUUACAAAAACUUUAAUAAACGGAAAAUAACAAAAAAAAAAUAAAAAAUUAAAAAAUAAAAGUAUAUAUGUUUAUGCGCAUACAUAUGUAUGUGCGAGGGCAUUAUAUUGUGUGUGUACAGAAGAGUAGUGAAAAUGGACAAGAGCAUAAACUAGUCUAUAUACAUAGCAUGUAUAUGUAUAUAUUAAAAUAUAUUUAUAUAUAUGCAGUAUAUAUAUACACCCAUAUAUAUAUAUAUAUAUAUAUGUAAGGACAUAUUGAAGUACUUAUGAAACCCAAUUAUAUACAUGCAUACUCGUACAUAGCAGCACAUAUGUAAGUGCAUAUAUGAAUGUGUGUAGCAGAAAAGGUAUGUAGAUUUUAGCAAAAACAAAAAACAAAACCAACAACAAAAAAAACACAACUGUAGUAUUCUUAAAUGUAGCACAAGCUAGUGAAAUUAGUAAGUACGUGAGCAAACGAAUUAAAAAUUAGUGGUGAGCAACACGAACACACACAUACAAACCAAAAUAGCUGUAGCUUUUGUGUCACACCGAAUUAUUUGAGGCAUAGACGUGAACACAUACACACAUGAGGCUGUUCAAUGUUUCUACGCAUACAAUAGCACGCCAGAUAUACAUACAUACACACACACACAUAUUUACAUACGUAUAUAAUAUGCAGCUAUUGCUAUGAGUGACUAUAUACGCAUAUGCGUACAUAGAAAUAGUUCAGGAGAAAUCCAUAUAUGCUAAUGUGGGUUAAGUGCACACACAUACACCCACGUGAGCAUAGUGUGCAAUCUGCCAAAAAAAAGAAAACCACUUUUGUUGUUAAAACACGAAAAAGUUUAAUGAAUAAUUGGCAGUUUAUAUGAACAAAAAAUUUUGUUGGCUAAAAAUCCAAAUAGUUUGUACAAUAUAAUGUCUAAAAAAUAAGCGUUGAGUUUUAGGCAGUUUAUAUGAACAAAAAAUUUUUCAUUAAGUUUGAGGUAAGAAUACCACAAAUUAUUAGAAAAUGUGGAAGCGGCUAAAAUUUUGUUAAAUUAUUUAAAUGAAUUUUGUUUACAAAAAAAACUUUAAACUUAAUUAUUCAUAUAAAAAAUGACAAAAACAAAACUGCAAGCGUUAAUAAGCAUGUUGCAUACUUGUACAUGUAAGAAACAGAUAAAAAUGUGAACUCGAGAAGUAAGUUUGUGAAAUUUAUGCGCUAGAGAGUAUCACCAAGCUAGAAAUAUUAGCAAAAUGGGAAGAAGCAAACAGUUUUUGAAAUAUUAUUUAACAGAAACAAAAAUACUGGAUGUAUAUACAAUUAUAUAUGUAUUUAUAUAGAUGCAUAAAUAGUACACAAACCAUAGUAGAGUUAGCCAAGCAGCAAAGUGACGUAAAUAAGGAACAAAACUAACCUGAAAAUUAAAAUAAAAAAAUCACACUUAUAUAUAAAAAUAAAAAAUAUAAUAUUAAAUUGCAAAAAUAUUAGUUUUAAGCUGGCAGGAAGAGAAGAGCGUGUUGCAGUUUACGAAAACGCAUUGUUUGUUAAAGUUUGCGCUACAUAUCAGUGAGUAAUACGAAAAACUAAAAAAACAAAAAAGUGUAUAAAAAAUAAUAAUACAAUAUACAUAUAAAUAAAAUAAUAGUAGAAACAUAUAUACAUACACACGUAAUGUAUAAAAGAAGAAGUAAGUCAACGCAUGAUAUUAAUGAAACAAAAGCAGAAAAAUAACACACGAGCAAAGUGUGUUUGUUGGGAAUUACAAAAUUUGUAUAACAAAAACAAAAAAAGUCUAACGGCUAAUAAAUGACAAAGGAAAUUAAUAAUUAUAUAUUAUAUAAUUUAAUAGCUGCAACAAAUAUAUAUAUAAGACUAUAUAAAUACAGUGGAAAGAAAAUGAAAAAGCCCAACAGCAUUAAAAACAAAUAUUUUACAAUAAAAACAACAAAAAUACACACACACAUGCAACAACCGCAUUGAUUGUGCUAUGUUGGAGGAUUUACCCUAUAUAUGGUACAUAUAUAAGCAUAUAAAUUUAUAUAAUAAUGCAUAUACAAUGUGCAAUUAUUAGGUAUAAUAUACAUACAUAUAAGUAGAACACUGAUUUGCUGAUAUACGUUACGAGGCAAAGAUGUGCAUAAUUAUAUAUAGUAUUUUAGCCAAUAAACCAAAAAAUAUACAAAUGUUAAGUUCCAUAUAGAAAAAAGACACAUAUAUACCUACACGCAGCAAGCAAACUAGUGAAAAAAUAACUGAAUAUACAUACAUAUGUAUAUAAUAUGUUAUAUAUAAUUUUUAGUGUGAAAAAGUAAGUAAUUUUUUUAUAUUGAACAUAAUCCGUAACAAUGUUUAGUGGUGGCAUCAACUUAUUUGUUUUUUUUUUUUACUAAACUUCAUAUAUUAUUCUUUUUCAUUCAUACAAAAUUAUAUUUAAAAUUUUGGCUAAGCGCUGAGCUUUGAUGGCAGUUCUAAAUUACCUUAACAAGCGUUCUGUACUAAUGUGUUGUGCUAAAAGCAUCAAGCUAUUCCAAAAUAUGUUUAAUGAGUCUGAAAAAUAGCGUCAAUUUCACAAAUUGAAAAGUGAAAGCUUUCUAUAAGCAUAAAUAUGCUUUUUCCUCCAUUCUCCAAAAAGCUAAUAAAAUGGAAAUCAGGAAAGAUACGAGCUUUUCCUUUAAAACUUUCGAUACAUUUUUCGUAAUAGUAUUGAAAGCUCUAUCUUCGUUCACAAAGACUUUAGUAACCGUCUGGAACUAAUUUCCUAGAAUUUCGUUAACAAAUUUUAAUAGAAAAAAACGUGGCAAGCUCUUUUAUAAAAAUUUAAAAAUCUCUAAGCGUUUUUUUGAGUUGUGAAAGCUCUUCAGUUCUAUCCAAAACUCGAGCAAUCGGUAAUAGCUAGACGGGGUAACUAUUGGUAUUUUUGCUUUUUGAAGCAGUAACAACUUUUCAGUGAAAUUACGUACAUAGUCAUUUGUACCUGCACUAUGUAAAAAAAAAUCUUUCUUACCUAUAUAUAACAGUAAGAAUAUUGUGUAAAAAUUUAAUCAAUUGUGUGUACGAAAAUCAUACUCGGCUCACUGCUUUCCUAGUGUAUAUAGCUUGUAAAGUGCCGUGCGCAACCACAAGAGCUUAUUUCAGAUGAAAAAGUUCAUCCCAAAAGCUUUUUUCAUUAUAACAUGGAAAAGCUUUUACUGCUCUACAGCUCGUACUGCUAAGCUUUCAUAUGAAAAAUUAAAAAAAUCAGUUUAUUUCGGUUUGCAAUUUUAUUUGAGGCAUUAACAAAUGCUUUGCCUAUAACAUAAAUAGCUUUCUCGUCCCAGGGAGCUUUAAGGAUCUUUUCAAGCACACUUUUUUAUAUAAUGUCAUGUGUAUACUAUUCAUGCAUAUUUCAAUGUAAGAAGCGUGACUUUUCACUGCCUCCAAAGCAAACAAAUUUUCAUAUAGAGUAGUUAGAACUCGGUUUUACAUCGAUUUCAAACUUGUUUAAUAACUAUUCUAGCCUUGGAGCCCUUAAAAAAGCUUUUUAAGCACAUCUAUUCGCAUGAAAUGCGGUGUCUAAUCACAUAGUAACAUUUCGUUGGAACAAGCUCUAACAUACACUACUUUUAAAGCUUAGAGAAUGAAACUUUCAUCUCAGCGAAGUAGUUAAAACUCAGACUUUCAUAACAUUGGCAAAUAUAUUGAGGCUUUAAACAAGUAAUAUGUUUAUUUAUUCCAUAAUAUGUUCAUUUUUUUUCGUUGUAGCAUAACAUCUAGAAAUAAAACACUAAAAACCGAAUCAUAACUCUCCAAACCAUUGGCUUUUCAACGUAACGUUCCUUUAACUAAGCAUCGGCAUGUUAACUGAAAGUGUUCCAUAAUCACUACUAAAAUAUUAUACUACUAUACUAAUCCAAAGUACUUGCAUACAUAUUUACUAAGCUCUUAGUUAAUAAAUUAAUACUGUGUAUGUGUGCAACGGUAGUGAAUUCAUUAUUUGAUUUUUAUGAUUUUUUUUUCUCUAAAAUAAAUAUUUAUGCAGGUACACCUACGAAGAUUAUCAUAACCACAUAUGCAUAACACGAUAUUUACAUAUAUACUUACAUAACUAAACGCAAAAGCAAAAUAAAAUCAAUACAUACAUACAUAAAUAUAUUAAUAUAAUAUAUACUAGUAAAGGCAAGAAGAAGAAGCAGCAGAAUUAUUUUAAGUACUUUAGUCAAUUUAGUAAGAUUUGAGUGGUAGUAACGGUAGUGCAAUUGAAUAGCCGAGUAGCUUAAAAGUGCUAUAGCAGUAGAUGAAUCCCAGAGUAGGUAUGCUGAGUGACGACGGGCGGUCAAACAGUGAUGCCACAUCUAAGAUAAUUAAUGGAAAACCAUUGCAAUAUGUUGGCGGAAAAGUUGAGGGCAAAUCAAUGUUACAAAUACAAAUAUGAAAACCAAAACCAAUCAUAUAAGAGUAUUAUAUGCAAUAGAAGUAGCAGUAACAACAACAACAAACACAACCACAAGCAAAAUAACUAGCAUAUGUGUAAUAAAUAUAAUUACAAAUAAAAAUACAAAACAUAUAUAUAUAUAACUAUAUAUAUAUAUAUAUAUAUUUAUACAUAUACAAACAUCAAAUAAAUUAAAUUGCAAAACAUAUACAUACAUACAGACAUACACGAGUAUAAGUGUAUACAGACAUGGCAUAAAUGAGAUUAGUAAAAAUAGUUGCCGGCAGUGAGGUAAAAAUUUUCAAAAACCAAAAACCAAAAAAAAAAAACAAAUACAUUAUAUAUAUAGAAGAAAAACCAACCAAUAAAAUAUAUUAGAAAUAUUUGAUACGCAUUACAAUGUAAACAACUGCAUAUACACAUAUGCAUAUAUGUGUAUGUGAAAGAAAAGUUAGUCUACCUAAACACACAUACAUUCAUACAUGGCAGUAAUAAUAGCAACAAAAAUAGCCACAAGUUAUGCAUUAAACAAUAUGGCAAUGUUUAUUUGUAUGCGUGCAAUUUGUUUGCCGAUGAAAUUGUGAAACUGAAAAAGGAAGCUUACACAGCAAUACAAAUAUUUGACUAACUAAGCUAAACAAUAAUAGCCAACACAAAACGUUACUUAGUUUAUGAAAUGGUACAUAUGUACAUAUGCAAAAGUAAAUCAAAAUAGCAAUCAAAAAUAUUUAUGAAACAAACUGACACAUUUGGAAGUUGGGUUAUGUACGUUAAAUGAGCGAGGAACUUUUUUCGAAAAUUACUUAUUGGAAAAAUAACUUCAUGAGAGCUUUGCAUAAAGUAGUGAAAGCUCAGUUGCUAAAAUAACUUUCCUUUUAAAAGCUCUUGACCUACGUAAAUAACUAUAGCUAAAAGUAAGUAUGCUUCAAAAGCUUAAAAAUUAAAUAUAAACUUAUAAACCAAUAUUAAUUUUGAAAACUUUCAAAUUAUGUAGUGAAAGCUUGAUGAACAUUUAGUUUAAAAUUUUAAUCAUGGCCAAUAAAAAUGUAUAAAUGAAAUGAAAUGAAGCGUUAUUGCAAUUCACAAAUAUAUUUACUAAACCGCUGAUAAAGUUUUUUAGCUACAAUACUUUUAAAUUACCACUGAAUAGUAAAGCUUAAACGAUUUUUUAUAAUAAAAAAGCGCUAUCAUUUGAAAUUCUGUAUAAUAUUUUAUUUAAGGGCAAUAACAAUCUCACUUUUGAAGCUAAGUGAAAGCUAUACGAAAAAUAUUUGACUUGUUCAUUAAGUUUUAAGCUUAAAAGUUUAACAUGUGUUAAAGGAACACGUGUGAGAACAAAUAUACAAUUUUCAUUUUAUUAAUACAUUUUGACGCAAACUUUAGCUAAUUUGCUUUGUGAUUUCAACAAAAGUAUGUUUAUAUCACAAUACAGUAUUUUUAAAUUAGUAGCUGCGUUUUCAUAAAAGUAGACAUAGCCUUCGAAAGCUUCCACUACAAACUUUCAAAAAAUGUUAAAAUAUUAUCAAUUCCACUCCUUUUAAACAAUUAGUAAAUGAGCUUUCAUUAAUGUGAACAGAGCUUUCAAAAGCUUCCACUUAACUUUAACAAAAUGUUAAAACAUUAUCUAUUCCACUCAGUUUAUAAAAUUACUAAAGGAGCAUUCAUUAUUGUUGACAGAGCUUUCACUGAGCUUUCAUGAAAGCUAAUAUAUUCUGAAAAGCUAACAAAAGCUAAUGAUUUUUAAUUAAAAUUUAUGAAAAUAUAAGCCUGUGCUUUGGAAAUAUUCUACGUCUACGCAGAAUACCAAAAAAUCGUUUUAACAGCUGCCUGUAAUGCCACAAAUUCAAUUUCCCGCUCAUUCAAUUUGCAAAAGAGGAAAAUGUAUACUGUGUAAUCAAUAUUCUAUUAAUGAAAUGAGCGCAGUUUGAAACCAAUCAACAAAAAUAAAUAUAAUUUUUUAAGAAGCUAAAAAUUACAGAUAACAAAAAUAUAUCCAUUGCAAAUAUUGAAAUCAAAAUGAUGAGCAGUAAACCAAAAGUAAGCAAAUAUAAAUAGGCAAAGCUAUGUAGUCUUAUAUUGUAGUAAUAAUACAUGAAUUAAGAAAGUGUGUGUAAAUGCUAAUGAAGAAUUCAUGCGAGAGAAAAAAUAUAUACAUACAUAUAAAUAAUUAAAAGAAAAGUAAUUAGUGCUGAGCUAAAGUGCUUAAGAAGAUACUGUAUGUACUAUGUGCGACUGUGAAAAAUUUCUAUGAAAUUCGAUACAUGUUUAUCGUUUUAUGAAAUGAAGUUCAAUGAAAGUGUGAAUGAAAAUGGUCUAAAAUUUUCGGUAGCAAAAUAACAGUAAAAUGCAAACGUUGAGAAAUAAUUGCUUGCAGGUAUUAUGUAUUCAUAUGAGACUUGUAUCUUCUGUGGCACAUUUGCUAAGCAUAAAAUGGAGUAAAGAAAGUGUAAUAGCCCAAACAUAAAAGAAAUCAAAAAAUAAUAUGACAUUAAACCGAAAAUUAAAUUGAAAUGAGAUCUGAAACAACUGAAAAUCAAAUUAAUUACCGUUAAAACAUGCAUACACAACGCAGUAGCCAUAUACCAUACAUAAAUACACCUAUAAAUUCAAGUAUACAACUGAAAAGAGGAAGUCAACAAGCAACUGGGAAAUAAGCAUAAAAUAUUUUAGCAUAUGUUGAUGUAGAAACUGUAGAAAAACGUCAAUGAAAAGUGUGGAACGCAAGUAGUUUGAAUAGAAAUAGUAGCAUAUUGACUGCAGUAUUGCAAUUAUUUUGUAGGCAUUUAAGUGACGGUUCAGCGUUUGACCGCAGCAAACAUAGCAAAUAAGAACUAAGCAAAAAUAUAUUGAAGCAUGUUAAAAAUAGGAUAAAACCGAAAAGCCCAAAAGCAUGCAAAGAGCCUGUGCAUAAAAACUAGAAAUACAGAUAAAUUAUAAUUAUAAAAAAAUAUAUAUAUAAUACCUAGUAACGCAUAAUAUACAAUUAACAAUUAUUUAUACAAUUGGCGAAUAUUUAAUUACAAAAUAUAAACAAAAACUGUUGAAAAGUAUAUAUUUAAAGAAAAUCUAAAAAAAAUUGUAUCAGAAGAAAAAAAAAACAUUUUGUUAUGGCCAUAUUUGGUGAGCUCCCAACAAAAUUAAAUAUAUGGAGAGAAAGCAGCAUUAAACUAUAUUUAACACUAGGCACAUAAAUAAAACAAAAAUAAAAUAAAAAAACAUAACGGUAAACAGUAACCAAAAAAUAUGUUAGUCACAAGGAAAGGCUAAGAUUUUUCGCAAGCAGUUGCUACAUUUUAACUGUUAGCCGAAUUACACACACACUUAUACCAUAUACAACACACUAGCACACUUAUACAACAACAACAAAUUAUACCCACGCGUUACAACAGAAAAGUAUAUACAUAUAUAAUAAUAAUAAUAAAAUAUAUAAAAUAAUUAACAAAUAACAACAACAUGUGGCAUAAAAGAACAAAACGCAGCAAACAGCUAUGUAACAAUCGCACGAGCCCACUUUGGGUGUGUUGCGUAUGCAACACGCAUGAUUUUGCUGCGACCAGUUGAAGCAUACGGUACAUAUAUAAAUAUUCAGCAAGUAUAAUUAGUAAAAAAAACAUAAAAUAAACUAAUUAAACUACAAACACAGCGCAGUUGUCGUAAAGAUUAUAUAUAUAUUAUGUAAAACUGUAAGUGAAACUAUAAAAUAUAACAUGCAACACAAACAGCAACAACAAAAAAUUAAAAACAAAAUCCAAAAAUGUAAAGUCAAAGCAACAAUUGACAAACAAAAUAAAUAUAUAUAUUAUAUAUAUACAUUUAAAUCAAAUAUUGACACGAAUAAAAUAAAAAGCAAACCAAAAAAAUUUUGUAAAAUAAAAAAAAUA